AUGUUAAUUAUAUUAUUUAUAAGAAAAAUAUUUUUUGAUAUAAAAUUUUCUUUAUCAAAUUAUAACAUAUUGUAUACUUACAAAUACUUUGUAUUUAAAAUAUUUAUUCUUGGUUAUAUAAUUAUAUCUUUAUUAAAUAGAUUCGAACUAGAUUAUAUAAAAUAUUAUAUAAAAAAUAUGUUAUAUACUUAUAAUAUAUAUAAAAUAAUUAAGUAUAAUUACUUUAUCAUAUCUAAUGUAUAUACUUUUAUAAUAGAAAAUAUAAUUAUUGAAAAAAUAACAUCAAACAUUACUAUAUUAAUUACAAUAUUCAAUGUAAAAUACACUAGUACAAUUAAGAAUUCCCUAUAUUCUAUAAUAAUAGUAUAUAUAUAUCUAUUAAUAAUAUUUUUAAUAUAUUAAUAUUUAAAUAGCUUAUAGAUUAGAGCAUAA